CGAGUACUGUACACAAGUUGAGAAACCACACUUUGUAGUUGCUUUCUGCRGGCUACWAACCACMCACUUUUCACCUUUGCACAGUGUAUAUAAGCAAGAUAGUUUCAUUUUUCAGAGAAUGUUAAGACCUUGCCAACUGUGUAGCUCAUUGCAUCGUCUCCCUGCUGGUAUAUGUAAAUGAUGGAAGGGGUCAUGAAUCCAACAGAAGAAAGCAGAUGGCCAUAUUAUGAUUAUCCUUAUGAUGACUUCAAGGAGUAUAAUACUUGUGUCCUAAGCUCAAACUUUGUAAAUGUGUUCCUCCCAGUUGUGUACUCACUGAUAUUUGUUGUGGGAAUCCUGGGGAAUGGAUUGCUGCUGGGCGUACUGAUAAAGAAAAGAAAGGUCUGGAGCACAACAGACAUUUUCAUCCUUCACCAAGCCGUGGCAGACAUCCUGCUGUCGGUCAUGCUGCCCUUCUGGGCUGUGACGUCUGCCAGUGAUGCUGGAUGGGUGUUUGGGACGUUCUUCUGCAAGGUCUCUGGAAGUGUUUUCAAGAUGAAUUUAUAUUGUAAGAGUUUUCUCCUGGUCUGCAUCAGUGUGAGCUACCUCCUCUCAAUCAUUCCUUCAACCAAAGACUUCAUGAAGAAGAAGCCCUGGGUGGUUCAUGCCUGCUGUGUGGUGGUGUGGAUCCUCUCCAUCCUCCUCUCUGUCCCUGACUGGAUCUUCCAUACAGUAAUAGCACAAGAAAAAAAGAUAUGUAUUUAUGACAUGGAUGACCGUAUCCAUAACUUUUCACUAGGGCUGUACUACACAUUUGGAUUUGUGCUUCCCUUAAUCAUCCUGGUCUUUUGCUUCUUCUGCGUCGUGUGGCAGCUGCGGUGUGGCACCAAAGGCCUUCAAAAUCAGAGAGCUUUCAUAGUUGUAGUAGUUGUUGCUGCAGUUUUCUUUCUCUGCUGGACACCGUACAAUAUUACUUUUUGGGUGUACAACAAUAGUGUUUAUCAAUGUAACAGAUCUCUGAACAUAGCUUUGCUUGUAACUUUUGCUGUGCGUCUCUUCCACUGUUGCCUAAAUCCCAUUCUGUUAUUGAUUGUGGGUGCUAAGUAUCGACAACAGCAGCAAGUGGACCAAGACAUCGAACUGACAGAUCAGUUUUCUUAGAAGCUACUGGAUUACCAGAGGAGCUGAGUGGGAACACAAUAUUGAUGAAGUAACAUUUUUAUUUUGUCUGACUCUCAUAGCUUCUUCUUUUCCUUUUUCUGGUGACCAAUCAACACUGGUGAACUAAAGAAAACAUUGAAUAUGCUGUGAUUUGCUUUUAUUCUUUUUACAUUUUAACUAAAUAAGUGUUUUUGUACUUUCUUUCAGCACCUCAAUUAUACAACAGAUGGUUUUGAUACAUUAGCAUAAGGUAAAUGAAAACAUAUCAGUUUAUUGAGAGCAUUGUUUUAUGUCUGUGAGGCUUUUUAUGAUUUGAGCCCAACUGAGAGUGUUCAAUUGUCCAUUCAAAGCCRUAUURAGCAGUCAGUCUACAGCCUUCAGUCCACAUGUCUCUAAUCACUGCAGUUUUUAAUCGAUCAUAAAUGUGGCAUUUUUUGUGUUUACCUUCAAUUACAAAGUCAUUUAGCUAUGUAAGAAAAAUGUUAGAGAAGAAAAAUGAAAGUCACACAAUUCUGAUUUGUAUUCAUCAUUAAUUCUGCAAGCAAAUUUAAAAUGUUUUAUUUUUUGAUCAGAGCUGGCGAGAGGUUAUAAAUGAAGGGUUUGUGUUCUGAAAAUGUUAAUGAUAAAAUAAAUUGGGGUUGAGGCUCCUUAUUUAAAUUACAAAUUCAAUGAUUAUUAGCAAAAUUUUGUUUCAGAGACAAGCAGUUGUUGCUGUUCAAUUUUAUWCUCAGAAUUGACCUCAAUAAGUAAAAUAUGCAUCAACGAAAUGUUUGCUUAAAUAAAUGAAAACCUUGAUCAAUAAAAAGUAUUUUAAC